AAGAAAGAGCAGAAAUACUACAAUACAGAGACAAUGGAGAAGCAGACAAGUUUAACACAAGAGGAAAUAGACGUAAUAAUCUACGAUGCCAGAGUUGGAGAUUUAGAAGAAUUAAAGGAGAUAUUUGAAGAGGUGGAUAUCAAUCUAAUCAUGGAAAUGCAAGAUGAAUUCAAUUUAUCGACGCCAAUUCAUAUGGCAGCAGCCAAUGGACAUUAUAAAGUCAUAAGGUAUUUAUUGGAUGAGUUGAAGGACAAGAAGAAGAUAAAGGACUUGAUUGAUAAGAAAAAUGAAUCGGGAAAUACAGCAUUACAUUGGGCAGCUAUUAAUGGGGAAUUGAAAGUUGUGAAUAUAUUGUGUGAGAAAUAUGGGGCCAAUCCAUUUUUAGUUAAUAAUGCUAACCACGAUUCGAUAUAUGAGGCAAGUAAUAAUAAUAAAGAAAAAGUUGAGGAGUACUUUUUAUUGAACUAUGCUAUUGAGAAGACAGAGGAUGGGGAAGAUAGUAAGAAAAAUGAAAUUGAGUUUAAAGAAGGAAAAGAGACAGUUGAGAUUAAAAAGGAGUUGAUAGAAAAGGAUUUACUAAAUGCUACGAAUAAUUUGAGAAUAAAAUAAAUAAAUGUCUGGUUGAUUAACAAAUUGCUCCAUUGGUUGUAAAUUAUUCAUUGAAUUUAUUUAUAUUUAAAAAUAUAAUUAUAUAAUGAUAGUUAUAAAUAUAAAAUGAUAAAAGAGUAAA